UCAGGAAGUUCCUAGUGUGACAGUUGUCCUUGAACUGUGAAAUUUUAGGUAUACCAUUCUGUGUUUUCCCCCAUCUUCUCAAAACUGAAAUUAUUUGGGAAUAUCACGGUGAGUGAUUUUUCACCACCAUGGAUAUCUUUUACACUAGCGGUGUCCAAUUUGCUGAAAUGCUUCAGAGUGCUCUGCCUGGACUGGAAGAUUUUUGGCUUUGGGUAACCUUUUUCGGUGAUCCCAAAUGUGUCUUCAUAAUUUAUUUCCCUCUUGCGUACUUCCUGUUGGAUAAGAAGAUUGGACUGACAGUGCUGUGGUUGGGCCUAAUCUCAGAAUGGCUGAACUUGAUGUCUAAAUGGUUAUUAUUUGGCGAACGGCCCUUCUGGUGGAUCUCUGAAUCUGGAUUUUCCAAGAAAAAGGAGAUUUUUCUCCGUCAGUUCCCAUCCAGUUGUGAAACAGGACCAGGCAGUCCUUCUGGCCACUGUAUGAUCACCGGUGCAGCCCUGUGGCCAAUUGUAAGCAUUCUGGCCAGACAGAUAGCCCAGAACUCCAAAAGUUGGAUCAUGAGGGCAGUGCCCUUUACUGUUUAUUUCCUCCUCUUGCUGUUUAUUGGACUAUCACGCAUCUUCAUACUUGCUCAUUUCCCCCAUCAAGUUAUUGGUGGCAUUUUGGCAGGGAUUAGUCUAGGUUGGCUACUUCAAUCCUGGAUCCCCCUGGAAAGAGGAUUCCGUUUCUACCUGAUGACUUCAUUCUCCCUUGGACUAAGUGCCACAGUGAUUUAUUGGACAUUGAUUAUUCUUGGCAUAGAUCUCAACUGGUCAAUGAAACUUGCUGCAAAGUGGUGUGAAAAUCCCAAGUGGAUCCGCAUGGACACCUACCCAUUUGCUUCCCUAUGUCGUGAUACAGCCACGGUCCUUGGACUGGGAUUGGCCUUCCACUCUUCAUCCUAUACCGAAUUGAAGCUGGAGAAACUUGGUUGGCUUCAGAGGGGAUGGUGUGCUGUCCUGUCUCUUGUCACCCUGUACUUCCUAAGUAGUAUUGCCCAGCCACAAGGUGUGGCUUUGUGGUAUGGGCUGAAUUUUGUAAAGUAUGCCAGUUUCCCGUGGAUAGUAAUUUCAUUACUUCCCAAAGCGGUUCAAAAACUGGCCUCUCCAGGAACUCCAUCUCACCCAGAAUAGCUAGUUUUUCCUUGAAAUAUUUGUUCUUUGUCCUUUGGCUGUGUCCAACCCAUAGUCCAUUGGCCACAUGCGGUUCUGGACAUUUAGUUAUACGGCCCCACAAGAUCAUAAAAUUUUAACAUGAAAUUCAACCUGCAGGGCACAUCUGGAAGAUCUCAGGUUCAGUCUUCAGAGGGCUAGAGAAAGUUCUCCAGUAAAAUCAAUGAAAAAAUUACAUAGUUUGGUAAUUUGAUUUUGUAUAGGGCAACUUCCUCUAAUUCUAAGAGCUCUGUCUUAACUUAGUUUGGCCAAUAGCUUGAGAUCAAAGUCCUAUCAUUGACCAGCAUAAAGUAGCUGUUUUACCAAAAUGAGGUAGAAACUGUUUUUUCAUGUAUAUCAAAGUUCACCAUUGUUUGAUGCAAUUAGAAAUGUCCCUGUUGAAGGCACGUGUCCUUAUGUAGUUCUAUAGCCCAAAGAUUUCAAGACAAAGAUGCCGUGUUACAUUUUUUUCUGACUGAUAAAUUCUUUCUAGAGCAAAAAUGGCCACUUGACAAGCUGUCAAUUUUUCUAAAGAUGACUGUUUCAUUAUGAGUUAGCGUCAGGAAAGAGCUUUUUUGGAAGGGCCAAGCAUUCUCUUCCUAAAUAUUCUGCUGAUUUCUGGAAUUGAGUUGCAAUGUUUUCCUGAUUUAUGUGAGCAUGGAUCCUCAAAAUGGUUACUAUAUGAAUAAUAACAUCCCAUGUCCAUAGAACAGCAUGCAAUUAUUCAGGAAGAAAUUAAUCCUUUUAAAUCUGUGAAGUAUUGGAAGGGCUUUGUAUUGGAAUCCAGAGCUACAACAGUGUCCAAAUAUGCUUGUCCAACAUUUUCUGGUAGAUCCUAGCCAUCCCCUUCCAAAUCAUUCAAGUCCAUUGUCAAACCAUUCUAAUCAUCCAACCAUGUUAACUGAUUUUUUUGUCUAUCCUAUAAUUUAAUUUAAGUUUAGCAGUACUUUUGCCUUUCAGAUUAGUAAGAUUAAUAAAGAGACCUCUCCUUUUAGAAAAGGCAUAAUAGAAUCGCUCCUUCCUCUUAGAGUGAUCUGUCUCCUUACCACAUGUGUGUUUUGUACUACAAUCAAGCAGAUGGUAUUGAAAAUGAUAAUUGCACUGGCAUACUUGAUUCAGGGCAGAACUGCCCACCAAACAAUGGAGAAAUAUAAUCUCAGGGUAUUCCAUAGCUGAUUUGCAAUGUUUAAAAAGAUGUUGUGGUAAAUUAAGAUGUUCAAGUUGAUAUUUUCAAUUGGUGUUACAAUGUGUAUGUUUAUGAUUAAUUCCAUGCACAGUAGCUAAUGUGUGUUUAUUUUAUACUUUGGUAUGAUAUUUAAUAAACCUCUAUUAGGUGGAUAUUUCCACAAAUGAAGUUGCAUUUUACCCACCAUCUCUCUGAUGUUCAUGAAAAUGAAGGAAACAACACAAUUAAAAGUUUAUGAUUAUCAAAGAGAUGAGAACACCUCUUAUUUGCACUACUUUGUGAACAGUCUUUAAGUAUGUUUAUUUUUAAAAGUUAUUGCAGUAAGCAGGAUCACUUAUGUAGCCCUUUAUCAGUCUUCUUACGAGAUAACUUGCACUCAGCAUGGCUCUAUCCAUCCAUGUACAGAAGGACAAUAUCUUCAGACCUAAAAG